AUGCUGUUGAGUAGGUCUCUCCGCUCGACAGCCGCCGUUCGGCUGGCGACCCUGUCGUCUUCAGUGUCCAGCAGGCAUUCCACGCGCCGCGCUGCCAGCACUACCUCCCUACAGGGUAUUACUCAGCUGACGGAAGCCGAUCGUCAGCCCUUUGUCGACGUCUUUGCACCAUCGGCCAGCCACGGCACCCUGGCCAGCGUUGAUUUGGCCCAGGGCUGGCGGGAUCUUGCCCAACACCCGACGUUGGGAUCCCUUGUGGAGCUGGCUGAUGAAAUGCCCUGGAUCCGUGACAAUGGGCAACCCGGCCUUCUCCAGCAGCAUCGCUUUGCUGCCUCGGUCGUCGAUCACUUACCCAACCACACCCAGACCAUCUUAGAUAUGUGUCUCGAAGUCUUGCGGACUGAGGCCGGCCCCGACCGUGACCGCCUUCUGGCGCAGCUCGCCAACCUCAAGACCAUGUUUGCUUACUUUAUCAACAACUUUUGUUACGAGCCCUGCCGUCACCGCUUUGCGGUAACUCAAGACCCCAAUGACGUGGGCUCGGCUCACUUUUUCGUUCCCGCCAACCUGGCUCAGCCUCGUUCCCUGCUCAGUCUCGCCUUUGCUGACCACCGGCCCGAGUACCGCUGGCAAAACUACAACGAAUACUCUCCCGCCAACUGCAUUGUGCGCGACCCCAGCCAACCGUUGUCCCGCGAAAACGUAACCACCGUUAUCCGCUCCGAAGGUAGCCCGGACGAGAUUGGGUUCAUCACCAACCACUACGUGCAGGAGUCCUUGACUGCCCCUUUGAUCGAGUCAGCUUUGACCAUUGCCCACUUGCCGGAAGAGCUGGGUCAGGCUCGCACCCUAGACACGGCCACCCGCCAGCGCUUUAGCGAAACCCUGGCCGGAUCGUAUCACCGGGCCACGGAAGCCAUGCAGCGCAUCAACGCCGUCAACCGCGAGAUGCCCAAGUGGUGUACGCCAGCCGGCUAUGGCGAGCUGCGUGUCUGGAUCCCGGGUCCCAAGGGUCAUAAUGGUCCCUCCAAGCUCUUCCCGCAACAGGGUGUCAUGAUGGAGGGCUCUGCAGCCCUGGGGUUUGCCGAUUACGACUUGUCUCGUGGAGAAACGGGUGCCAUGACCACUAUCCUUGCCACAGCACGGCGCAUGUCCCUCUUCAUGUAUGAUGCGGCCCGCUACGGUGAAAACGAGCUGACCUCGGCCCAGGCCGAUUUUGACCGCCGACGCGAGCCAGGCCAACAACGUCUGCUCUUUGAUCUCGGUACUCAGGAAACCCAGCAGCGUGCCCGGGCCGCUGUGGACGGCCUGGACGCCCCCGUCUUGUACCACCUGAUCCAUCUGCGCAACGAAAUCGUGACCCACAACUUGACACACUACGGCUAUAGCGUCAACUACAUCUUUGACAACCGCUCCACGGGCAAGCAGUCGCUCUUUGAGGCCACCGGCGGCACCACGCACAGCUUCCUGCCCACCAGCGCCCUUGCUAACAUUGAUGAUACUCUGCACGAGAUUGAUGUUCUUCGUGCCCGUCGCUCUGAGCUCGAGUCAGCCCAAUGGGAGGACAUUGCAGCCAUUGAGGAACGCAUGCUUCGUUGCAAGCGCCAGGCCGAGAAGAGUCGCACCUAUUUUGCAGACAUUGCUGAGCAUCGUAGCAGCACUGAAGGCGAACGCUGGUCGGCUACGGCUUAG